ACGUGCCCCUCUACGCUCACUCGGGGGAAAAUGGCGGAGGUGGAUUUCGGUGAUAGAGAGCUUUUCGAGCAGUUGGAUGAUUCCGCUCCCGUUGUCAACACUCACAUUCGCUUUACAGAGGAAGAUGAAGAGGAGAGCGAGCUGGGGGUGCUCCGGAGCCGGCUGGAAGAGUCGGAUGCCUUUGUUCAGAAGCUUACGGAAGAAAAUAAAGGAUUGAGAAGAAAUCUGAAUGUCCUGAUGCGUCCCAGUGGUGUAACAGUGGACGAUGUGAACGUGGACGGACCUGUUCUGCAAAUCCUCUAUGCCAAUAAUAUGAUCUCAAAGAAGUGCCGUCAAGAAAUUGAAGAUGCCAUCUGCAGUAUCAUAGUAAAGAAUCAGAAAAUUGGGCACUCCCCCUACUUUCUGAAAGCACAGCCUUCUGCCUUUGCUUUGGAGGAGGAUCCACACAUGUUAAACUCUACCAGUGUCAAAACUACAUCAGAAUCCUUCAAAAUUGUUGGAAGUGUUCAACAUUUCACUACAUUUACUGUGGACAAACUUGGACAGCCUCUUCUGAACGAAACCCCUGCGAUGACGGAAGGAUGGGAGGUGCCAGUUUACCAGCAAGUUUUCAAUCAAGUCAUCGGCACAGAUGGACAAGAUAUAGAGAUGAAAGACAAAAGACCCAAAUCCAUGUGUUUCAAUUGUGGGUGUGGUGGACAUCAGCUGAGAGACUGUCCCAAGCCUAAAGACAUGGCAGCAAUAAAUGAGAGGAGGAAGGAGUUCAAUCAGAACAAUAACCAGGCCAUGCAGGGGAACCGCUACCACGCAGACGAGGUGGAGGAGCGCUUCUCCAAGUACAAGCCUGGAGUCAUGAGUGAAGAGCUGCUGUCUGCUCUGGGCAUUGACAACUGCACACUACCUCCACUCAUCUAUCGCAUGAGGCAGCUGGGGUAUCCACCAGGCUGGCUUAAGGAGGCCGAGAUGGAGAACUCUGGACUAGCCCUGUACGAUGGGAAUGUUUCACAUGACGGCAGUUCCACAGAAGAUCCACAGAGAGUCUCAUAUGACGUGUCCAAGCUAGUAGAUUUCCCCGGAUUUAAUGUAGCCACGCCUCACAAAAUGAAAGAUGAGUUCAUGCACUACGGCUCUGUUCCAAUACAAAGCAGUCACAUGAAGGAAAACUAUGCAGCGUACCUGUCCAGCAACUUUCCAACGCCUGGUUCUGCCAGCAACAAGAGAAAACAUGAAUCGGACUCGUCUCCAAAGAAGAGGAAGACAACUAGGUCCAGUCCCAACAGCAGUGUGAACUUGAGCUCAGAUAUGGAGAUCGAGUCAGAUCCAGGAACAUCUUACAACUGCUCAGGAGACUUCCAGUUCCAAGCUCCGCCUCCUCCUGGCUCUCCCUGCUUCAGCUCGCCCCCUCCCCUUCCUCAGGGCACCCCACCUGCCACCCCCACACCGCCUCCUCUACCCAAGGGCACCCCGCCGCCCACACCCCCUUCCAAUGGAUCCCCGGCUCUGAGGGGUCAGGGCUGGGUGACGGUGGACCAGGAGGGGGCUACCGACGAGCUGAGCCUGGAGGAGCUAGAGGAGCAGCAGAGACUGAUCUGGGCUGCUCUGGAGAACGCGGAUACGGCGACCAACAGCGACUGCGAGACCCCCGCCAUCGGUACGCCCGCACCAAGUUCACCCAGCGUCUGCUCCUCGGCUCAAGUGGACACUGAAGUGGAUGAGGUUGAAGAUGCCAGUCAAAACGGCGAUGCCUCAGGACCAAUCAAAUCUCAAGACGACACCCCACAGAGCCCAGGACCAAUCAGAGCACAGGAAGACACGCCUAAAAGCCCAGAACCAACAAAAUUUCAAGAGUAUACAAGUAUUAGGCUAAUUAAAUUACGAGAUGAUUGUCCAGAUAGCCCGCUGAAUAUUAAUGACGAUACACCACUAAGUCCAGAAGAUGAAGAUGAGGUGGCUAAAAACAUGCCAAUUCCACAUAGAAGUCAGUUCGCAGCGGGGAUAGUUCCAUUCGAGGAAACGCCUGAGUAUACAGAAGUGGCAGAGGGAACAGGAACGUACCUUAAGAUUAGAGAUUUACUCAAAAGCUCACCGCGAAGUUUGUCCAAGAAAAAAUAGCGGACAUUUUUUUAAAGCAAAACAGUUCCUUCAAUGUAUUAUUUGUCAGAAAUGGAUAGUUGAUGAUGUACAUAUAGUAGUGCAAAAGGGAGCCAAAUUGAGUCAGAAAAUUUUCCAAGUUUUAACAGUUCGUCAUUGAUAAAUAUAAAGAUGUGUCAGUUGUUUGUUCAUUUCAGUUUUGAUACAGAUGUUUCUUACUUGGAUGUGCUCUAAAGUUAGGAGUAAACCAGUUUGUAUAUGAUCUUUGCGUGUGUGUCAUAUUGUUCCUUAAAGCUAGAACUGAAGAUGUAAAGUAAGAAGACUGGCUUGACUAUAAUUAUACAGUUGCUUUCAUUGUUCAGCCACAUUCAUAACAUUUUAAAUUACUUCAUACACUGACAUACUUUUAUAAUAAAGGACUUUGCCUAUUA